AUGGACCCUGCGCCAGCGGAGCAGAGGCGCCGCGAAGGCGCGGCUUUGCAAGCAGCGCGGGACCGGGUCCCCAGGAUUGACCCAUAUGGAUUUGAAAGGCCUGAAGACUUUGAUUAUGCAUCUUAUGAAGAAUUUUUUUCUGACUAUCUGGUAGUACUCGCUAGAAGAGCAAUAAAAUGGUCUAAACUUUUAAAGGGAAGUAACAGUAUCCAGAAAAGUAUGAAAGUGAAGCGCUAUAUCCGGAAAGGUGUUCCGCUUGAGCACCGGGCACGCGUCUGGAUGGUGGUGAGUGGAGCUCAGGCCCAGAUGGAACAGAAUCCUGGCUAUUACCACAAGCUUCUCGAGGGAGAGAGAAAUGACAGCCUAGAGGAAGCCAUCCGCACAGAUAUGAACAGGACCUUUCCUGACAAUGUAAAAUUCCAAAAAACUGCAGAUCCCUGUUUACAGAAAACCCUGUACAAUGUGCUUUUGGCAUAUGGGCAUCAUAACCAAGGUGUGGGAUACUGCCAGGGAAUGAAUUUUAUAGCAGGAUAUCUGAUUCUUAUAACAAAGAAUGAAGAAGAAUCUUUUUGGCUAUUAGAUGCUCUUGUUGGAAGAAUAUUACCUGACUACUAUAGCCCAGCAAUGCUGGGUCUGAAAACGGACCAGGAAGUGCUUGGUGAACUUGUGAGGAUGAAGAUUCCAGCGGUGGCAGACCUGAUGGAGGGGCACGGUGUCCUGUGGACCUUGGUGGUGUCCCGUUGGUUUAUUUGCUUGUUCAUUGACAUCCUGCCUAUAGAGACCGUGCUUCGAAUUUGGGAUUGCUUAUUCAACGAAGGGUCAAAAGUUAUCUUCCGGGUGGCCUUAACCUUAAUUAAACAACACCAGGCUUUUAUUUUGGAAGCCACCAGUUUUGCAGACAUUUGUGAUAAGUUUAAGCAGAUUACAAAAGGGAACUUUGUAACAGAAUGUCACACGUUUAUGCAGAAAAUAUUUUCAGAACCUGGAAGCUUGUCCAUGACAACCAUCACGAAGCUUCGAGAGAGCUGCAGAGCCAAGUUACUCACUCAGGGAUGA